AUGCUCUCUUUGUCAACAAAGAGAAUAUUGUCACCUAGCAAUACCAACUUGUUAUUGUUGGGUCACAAUCAUGCUGCCACUACUUUGUUGAUUAGAUAUAAGUCAUCAUCAUCGACAUCAACAUCAUCAGUAUUGGACACUGAUCAAGAUAUUGAUAAUGAUGAUGUAGCAACAGCAACAACUACAGCCGACAAUAGUACCACCACCUCAACAACAUCAACAACAAAGAAGAUGAAGAAGACCAAGACACCAAGUGCACCACCACCUCCAUCAAGCGUUGACUUGAAUGAUCUAUCGAUUAGACAACUAAAGGCAGUUUGUAAGGAGAUGAGUCUACCUUGCUCAUAUUCAAAGAAGCCAGACAUUAUCAAUCUCAUCAACAAUCACAAAGAGUACUUGUUCCAACAGAUGAUAUCAAUGGCACGUGGUGGAAGUACAAGUGGAAGCGCGGGCACAUCACCAAGCACAACAAAGAGCAACAAGAAGACACAGACACAGAUACAGAUGGAGGAUGAAGGAUCAGAUGUGAAGGUGAAGGAGGUGAAGGUGACCAAGACGGCUAAGCCCAAGCUGAAAGGUGAGGUCGUCGCCCCAGUCGACCCUGUCACCCCCGUCGCCGCCACAGCCACACAAUCUUCAACUUUGAAGGAGAAAGCCAAAGUUGCAAAGGUUGUGCCAUCGCCAACAACAUCCAAGUUGAAGAAGGUGCAAGCUCAAGAUAAGGAGAAGGAGGAGAAGGAGAAGGAGGAGAGAGUCACAGUCAAGAGCUUGAAGGCGUUGUCAAUGGCAGAGCUACAGGCCAUUUGUAAAGAGCGUGGCUACAUUCAAUCGAUCACAUCACACAAUGACUUGGCCAUGUUCAUCUUCUUCAAGCAAUGCGAGGAGAAGGCCACCAAAAAGAAGAAGCAGAAGAAGUCAGCGCCAACAUCAACAACAUCAACAACAUCCACAACAUCAACAACUACAGCUCCACCCCCAACCACUGUCCAGGUGGCCGCCACGCAACCACAUGUCCGCGCGGAGCGCCAACAACCACAACAACAACAACAGCAACAACAGCAAGAGCAACAGGAACAAGAUAUUGAUGGUGAUGAUAGGACACCAGAGGUAUUGUUGGUCCAAGAGGAAUCAACUUAUGUUGUGCCAGAGUUACCUUCGAUUGAGUCUGUUCGUACUCCUGCUCCUCAACAUGUUGAGGCCAAGCCAAGCAAGACAUCCAAGCCCAAAGAGUUACUUGGUGAUCUGAUCUCCACACUAAAGCAUCGUGAGAGUCAGUUGGAGAGUGCGACACACAAGAUGAUAAAGGAGCAGGAUCAGGCCAAGACCAAGGCCACCUCGAUCACCACGACCAAGCAAGACAAGCCCAGUGCGGCCAAGCACGACAAGAAGAAGUUUGACAAGAAGCUGGACAAGAAGAUGGACAAGACUAAGGAUAAGAAGAUGGACAAGAUGAUGGACAAGAAGAAGAUGAAGAAGCCACAUGCACAAGCACCAGCAACAAUACCAAUACCACCAGUACCAGCACCAGCACCAGGAGGAGGUCCUGUGAACAAUAAUAUCAAUACAUUGGACAUGGCAGGUUUGGAAGCACUGUGCAAGAUGUUCAACCUACCAGUGGACACCAAGCACAAGAUGAUCCUGUCGCUCAAAACGAAGAAUAUCACAAAGAUCACGCAGGCCGUCUUUUACCUGUCCAACAAGCCGGCGACCGAUCACAUCAAGGAGAUCACUGAAGUGUUUGACAACCUCUCUGGACCCGAGUUCAUCGAUGGUCUGAUCAACGCAUUGACAAAUGCAGGACAGGCAUCAAAGGAUUAUGGCACGCCAGAGAAUAUCGCAGAGUUUAACAAGAAGUUGGCAGAGUUAGUGACGAGUCGUCGCAAUAGUUUGACGAUUGAGGAGUUGAUGCCAAUAAUUAGUUACCUGCGCCACAUUCAAUCACCUUAUAUAUUGGACGUGAUCAAGGUGGCCAUGAGCGUGGGACGCCUGAACGCCAUGGUGGUCGAUGCGACCGCCCUCACUUGCCGCAUCAAAGGAUACACGACCGAGAUGUUGGAGUUUGUCGAUAAUGCCUAUGUGGAGGCGCGCAACUUGGCCAAGGCCAACGACACCGCCGUGCCAGCCUUCUUCCGCUUCAACGUGCGCGAGCUGCAGAUCUGCCUCCAGGCGGCUGCGGGCAAUCUGAAAGAGGCCAUUCAUCUUUACAACUCGGUGACCGACUCGACCAAGCUGGAGCUCGGCAACUCGUUCAAACAUAUCUUUAUCCUCCUGUCCAAGCUGGAUCGCUCGCACGCGAUCGAGUUCUACAAGCUGAACGCUUGGCGCUAUGAUGCACGAUUGAUCGACGACGACAUUAUGCGCGCGGGCAACUUCACGAGCGGCGACCUGCAGGUCGCCAACGACAUGAGCUCGCUGUCCGAGCUGCUGAUCAAGAGCGAAACGGAGGACAACGUCCAGAUGCACGACAUGAUCGUGCAGCACAUGGUGACGCUGACCCGCGAGGAUCAGCUGCAAGUGACACGCACAAUCAUACAGAUGUACCUGCUGCAGGACCAGUACCAUCACGCUCUUCGCUGGUUCUCCAUCCGCCUCACCGACUUCCACCUGCAGAACUCGCCCUACACGAUCUACCCGUUCAUUAUGUACCACAACAGGAUCAAGACCAAGCGUCUGGCCGAGCAGCCCGAUGCCAACGUCGACGAUCAAAACAGCAUGAUCGAAUUCUGGGAGAACAAGCUUGGCAGCAUCGACACCAGCCCCAAGUCUCGCCAGAUUGCCGCGACCAAGAUCUCAUUCGUCUUUGCCAACCUGGACAACAUCACAGGCUCGCGCGCCGUCUGGACCGAGAGCGACGUGUUCCUCAACGACCUGUGCGAGAAGCGUGACGUCGACGGAAUCUAUGCACAGCUACAACAUUACAUGGAUCACAACACAUUGCCCUCGGGCUGUCUGCUGGUGCGCGCAGUGUCUGUGCUCAGGGACCUAGACCUGCAGCGCUACAUGGACUUCUUGCUGCUACAGGACAUCCCCAGCAGCUUCUACAUCAUCAUGAUGGACCCCAGGGUGAUCAAGAGCAUGCAGACCGAGCCCUACAAGGCUCUGGAGAUGAUCAAACGCGACUUCAAACUGAUCAAUUCGCCCACAUACUACAACUACCUGUGCACAUUCUCCCUGGACAAUGGACUGCUGGACCGCGCCACCAUCAUCAUGCAAAAGAUGCUGUCCAAGUACAUCCCAUUCAGCUCCUUGACCGUCAAGAAGUUCUUCACGACGAUCAACACUCAUUCAUAUGUGCGUCAGCUGCCCGACGACCUGACCAAGGCCACACGCAAGAUCUACAACCAGCAUCCAGAGUGGCAUUACCUGGCAAACACAGUGAUCUACGACCACCUCAAGGCGAACGAGGUGGAAGAGGCCGCCGAGAUGUUCCAGCGCCUGUGCGCCCAUCACAACGUUGACUACGAUCUAAUGCGCAAUGGUAUCGACCUCUUCUACGCGAUGCUCGAGCAUCAGGACAAGAACAAUGACAACAAGGACAAGGACGUGAAUGACAACAAGGACAAUGUCGGCGGCGGCGACAGAGACAUUACUGCCCUCAGCACGCUGACCCAGCUCGAGGACUUCCUGGGCGUGACCGACCUGAUGUCGCACCACAGGGCCAAACGUUUGUUCUUCACCGCGCUGUUCAACUAUUAUCAUGAGACUGGCCAGUCACAAUAUGCGAUCGUCGUGCUGUCGGUGUACGAGGAAUCAUUCCGCGUGAUAAAGGAUGGCAACCUGUUGCUGUCAAUCUUUAAAUGUUUGAAGAGCCCUCUGGCCAAACUGCAGUACAUGGGGCGAUUCCAGCCGACGUUGGAGCGUGAAUGUCCGGCGGCGCUGCGCGACGAGAUCGCCAAGGCCAACGAGAUCAUCAAGGACGACGCCAUCGAGCAACAACUCGAGUCUCUGACCUUUUUCACACCGCCUCAGUUCGAGCUGCUGGACGAUAUCAUCCAAGAGUACAUCAUUCCAACGCAACUACCUAGUGAUCAAAUGAAAUCCGAAUGGAUUCCUGACCGAUCAAUAGACACAAACCAUUGA